AUGGAGACUAGGAAGAGUAAUACAACGUAUGGAGAAUGCCGCUGUUGCUUAACAAAGGGAAACCAUAGAGAUAUAAUGAAAGAAUAUUAUUUUAACGGCAUACGAGAGGUUUACUUCGAUAUUUUUCUGGAAUGCUUCAAUUUAUUCCUAUCAACGAAUGCACUCCUAUCUACACUAAUUUGUACAACAUGUGUGCAACGUCUCCGGGAUGCCAUCAGCUUCCGUAUGUUGGUGGUCAGCACCGAGAGACAGCUGCUGCAAACUGUGGAGGGCGAGGAUAAGGACACGGUGUUUGUUAAUGUACGCGUAGAAGUUAAUGAAUCGACAAUGGACAUAAAAGAAGAAAAGGAGGUUGGAACUGAUGUUAAGGAGGAGCUGGAGUCUGGUGACGAGGGGGACACAGGGGACGCAGAUAUAUGUGACUCUGAUUACGUACCCGAUGACAAUACCUCAGACACACAGGACAAGCCACUAGUGGACUUCGAAGUCCCAUUAGUGGACCGCGAAGCCGCCUUACUGGGCAGGUUCGCUCGUGUCAAACUACCGCCGCUGCCCACGCGACAGACGUUGCCGGAGAUCUGUCCUGAGUACUGCCGGCAACUUGAUUUGUUGCAAAAUUUAAAAAUAGUGCCAAAGAACCUAAUGAACUUACUGGAAGAACAAGAUAGUAGACGAACACCUUCGAGAAAAGUCUUCAUAUCAGAGAAAUUAGCUCACAUUACGAAUGCUGGGACUAUUCUAGAAUGUUCCAACGUAACCCCUUUCAAGAGCAAAAGUCGACUAGGAUUCCCCUGCUUCUUCUGCAGAAAUGUCUUCGAAAACCACGAAAAACUUCGCGAACACACAUCUCAACAUAAAAAAUCAGAAAUCAGACAUAUACUAAAAACCUAUGGCCCAGAAUGCUUAGUCGUAUACGUUGAUACUACAGACCUGAAAUGCACACUAUGCGACAAAAAUAUGCAGAAUUUAAACAAUUUAAAAUCCCACCUGACUAAUGUUCAUAAAAAGAAAUUGUACCCAGAGUUUACUGAUAGAGUGAUCCCGUACAAACUGUCUGAUUCGGGAGUGCAUCAGUGCCAAGUUUGUGGGUUUAAUUUCGAAACGUUUGGCUCUAUAGAACGGCAUAUGAAUGUGCAUUACCGAAACUACGUUUGCAAGGAAUGUGGGACUGGCUUCGUUACGAAAUACAGACUAAAAGUUCAUACAAAGAGUAUGCACGCUGGCGGCAACUAUCCAUGUGAAAUUUGCGGUAAAGUGUUCUCAACGACGCAAAAAUACAAGAAUCAUGUCAACACCGUACACAAGCUAUUAAAAAGGUUUAAAUGUACGAAGUGUCCUGAGCGCUUCGCCGAGUACUUUAGGAGGCAGAAACAUUUGGUACAAGUACAUGGCGUGGCACCAUUACAAUACAAAUGUAAUGUAUGUGACAAAAAUUUUGAUCGACGAUACACACUAUCGAGGCAUAUGAAGAGAGAUCACUUAGAAGAAAGAGACUACCAGUGUGAAAUCUGCACUUAUAGAUGUUUUACGAAGAAUGAAUUACGGGUACAUAUGGUUAAACAUACUGGCGAAAGGAUAUUUGAGUGUUCUGUGUGUAAGAAGUCUUAUGCUAGGAAGAAGACGUUAAAAGAACAUAUGCGGAUACAUAAUAAUGAUAGACGGUUCGCCUGCGCGGUCUGUGGGCAGGCGUUUGUACAGAAAUGUAGCUUGAAAGGACAUUUGAAAACUCAUCAUUUGGAAUUCAAUUUGCAGUGA